CUUAACUGUAUGUCUGUACUAGUGAAUGUAGAGGUCACGCACAAUUAUAUAGUUCAAAAUGUUUCAAGGAUCAUAUUUUGUGCUGUUUUCAGCCAUGGAUACCAAACCUCUAUUAUUCUGUUUUCAGCCAUGGAUCCCAAACCACUUUUAUUCUUCUUGGCUGCAGCAGUAGCCUCAGUGAGUGGGUGUCCUGUUGGUCGAGAAUUUAUGACUACCUUCUUGACAAACUAUAAAACUGGCAGUUCUGGAAAACUUCAGCUUGCUAUUACGGCCCAUGAAAACCCAGCCACAGUGACUGUGACUGUGAGGAGUCUUUCUUUCAGCCAGAGUGUGAAUGUGCCCAAAGGGAACACAAGAUGGAUUGAUUUACCAGCCCAGACUGAACUGUCAGGUCCAGGGUUAUCUCACAAAUCUGUCCGGAUUUCCUCCAACAGUGACAUCACUGUGGUGACAUCAAAUAUCAAAUCUUUCACUGGAGAUAGUAGUGUGAUCCUCCCAACAUCCAACCUGGGCAGGGAGUAUGUAGUGUUCACACCAAUUCCAAGUAUCCUAUCUGCUCUUGUUGCUAUCGUAAAUGGUGACGGAGAUAACGUGGUGGAAAUCCUGCCUUUUGCCGACAUGUCUGUCAAAGGCAUAGAGCACUGGAAGCGAGGGAAAAAAAUUACCCUCAAGCUAAAGCCUAAUGAAGUCUACCAAUUUAUGAGUGGUAGCACGUUCACUGGCACCAGGAUCCUGUCUACACAACCUCUGGCUGUUCUGGUGGGAAACCAGUGUGCUCGGAUCACGGGAUCCUGUGAACACGUAUAUGAACAGCUAAUCCCAACAACAAGUUUUUCAAAUCACUAUUUGAUUCCGGGUAUGCAAACAACCCAUAACAACCAAAGAGACCUCGCAUAUGUGGUUGCAGCUGAUGAUGAUACAGCUGUUACCAUUUCAAAUCAGCUACCAGAGAAAAGAAUCACACUUCAUGCAGGGGGAAGCAAGAAAAUCCCCAUAGUAAAAGGUGAAUCUGUCAUUGUAAGCAGCAACAAGAGGGUGAUGGUGAUGUACUUUGGAAGCAACCUUCCAUACGACGAGUUUCUCACUACCAUUCUCCCGACGUCUGAGAUGUCAAAUAAGUGGACGUUGUACUUACAAAAAAGUUAUAUCAACACGGCUGUCAUCGUCUCUGAAGUGGAGGACUUAAAAACAAUCAGCGGAGUGACAGGCUGGAAGCCUUUCGGCUCUGAUGGGCGGUAUGCGUGGGCCACAAAGUCACUUGGUAAAGGCAAAGGUCCUGUCACCAUCUCUGAAAAGGCCCUCAUGGCAGUUUAUGUCUUUGGUGGCAAACAUAGGCACGGUUAUGGUACAACCGGGGUGUGUUCCACAGGAGUUGUACCAACUUCACCACCUGACCCUUGUGAUGGUAUCACGUGCCGGGAGAAGGAGGAAUGCAAAAGAGGUGUUUGUGUUCCCAUAUCAAGGGCAACCUGCUCGGCUCUGGGGGAUCCCCAUUACACAACCUUUGACGGGAAACGCUAUGACUUCCAGGGCACCUGCACCUACACCAUGGCAGAGGUUUUGAAGAAAGAAGCAGGCCUCAUACCCUUCACAGUCCAGGCCAAGAAUAACCACAGAGGGAACAAAUGGGUGUCUCUUGUGAGGAAGGUCACAGUGACUGUGUACAAUCACACAGUGGCCAUCAGAAAAAAAAGGGGCGCGGUGGAGGUGGAUGGCGAAAUUAUGUUCCUGCCUGUGAGUCUUGUGGGGGGAAAGCUUCAGGUGGUCCACAGAGGAAGGUAUGCCGUUCUGAAAACAGAUUUUGGCCUGAAAGUCUUAUAUGACUGGAGUAUGAUGCUGUACAUUACAGCACCAAGCAGCUACUUCGACACAGUCGGCGGACUUUGCGGGAAUUACAACGGUGACCGUGGCGAUGAAUGGACCAGUCGGUCUGGAGGUCGACUCUCUUCAUCCCUCGAGUCUGCAAAGAGCUGGAAAGUACCUGACGGUGACUUGUUCUGUAAUGAUAACUGUCGUAAUAAUUGCCCCAGUUGCUCUCCGGCCCAGCGAGGCAAAUUUAGUGGGAAUAAGUACUGUGGCCUCAUGACUGACUCCAAUAGUGUAUUUGCCAACUGCACGGGCAAAGUUGACCCCAACAUGUUCUUCGACAAUUGCGUGUAUGACAUAUGCAUCAAUAAAGGCAUCAGAAGGUUCCUGUGUGACAACAUUGAAAAUUACGUGGCUGCAUGCAUGGCCGAGGACAUCAAGAUCGAUCGCUGGAGGACUCUUGCUAACUGUCCCAUAGAUUGUCCUGCAAACAGCCACUUUGAAGCAUGUGGCGCAGCCUGUGCAUCGUCUUGUGCUGAGAAAGAUGCCGCAUCCACCUGCAAACUGCCCUGUGUAGAGGGCUGCCAGUGCGACAAGGGUUUCGUGCUCAGUGUUGACAAGUGUGUGCCAGAGACCUCGUGUGGCUGCACCCACGAAGGGCGCUAUUACCCACCAGGGAAGACUUUUUGGACAGACAACACAUGCUCUAAAAAAUGCACAUGCAAUUCUGGAAACCUUCAGUGCACUGACACCAAGUGCAAGAGUUCUGAAGUGUGUUCUUUGAGGAAUGGCGUGAGAGACUGCUACCCACUCUCCUACGCCACCUGCUGGGGCUCCGGUGACCCACACUACCGCUCGUUUGAUGGUAAGAGAUUUGACUUCCAGGGAACGUGCACAUACUACCUGUCCAAACUAGUCAACACUGAAGAUCCAACUUUGAAACCUUUUGAGGUGCAAGUCCAGAACGAGAACCGAGGCCGAAACAAGGCGGUGGCCUACACCAAGACAGUCUUGAUCAAAGUCUAUGGACACACCAUUGUCUUGAGUAGUGAUAACCCGGGAAGAGUACUGCUUAACGUUUUUGUAAACUUGCCAAUGACACUGGAAGAGGGACGACUGUCAAUUUUCCGAAGAGGCCGGACUGGAGUGGUUAAAACCGAGUUUGGCUUGGAAGUGCAGUAUGACUGGAGAAGCUAUGUGUCUGUUACUCUCCCAAGCACCUACAGUGGAGUGGUGGGUGGCCUGUGUGGAAACCUCAAUGGCAAUGGUCACGACGACAUGCUUACACCCAACAACACCAAUGCCAAAAACCCAACCAAGUUUGGUAUAAGCUGGAAAGUGAAGGAUGACCCUCGGUGCAAAGACACAUGCGAAGGCCAGAAGUGCCCUGAGUGUGACAUCAACGCAGAGGCGAACAAGGAUUUCCGAACAGCCUGUAGCAUCCUCAAGAACAAGGCUGGUCCCUUCAAGGACUGUCACAGCAAAGUGAAUCCGGAGCAGUACUAUAAUGACUGUGUUUAUGACAUGUGCAUGUAUAAUGGCCACUCUUCUGCACUCUGCAAUGUCCUCAGCACGUACACCACGGUGUGCCAGGAGGCCAAAGCCAGGAUCUACGUUUGGAGAACAAAGACAUUCUGUCCGCUGGCCUGCCGGGCAAACAGCCACUACGAGGUGUGCAUGUCUGGCUGUUCUGAGAUGUGUCGCGGAGCCGAGGAGCCAGAGAGCUGCGAGAGCGCCCCCUGCAGGGAGGGCUGCGAGUGCGAUGACAACUUUGUGCAGAGCGAUGGACAGUGUGUGGCAGAGGAUCAGUGUGGCUGUGAGCACAAAGGGCGCUACUACCAGCAAGGACAAGUAUUUUUCCUCGGUGACCAGUGCACAGGCCGUUGUGUGUGUGGGAACGACGGCAGGGUACAAUGCCAAAACAACUUCUCUUGCGGGCCCCAUGAAGUGUGCCGCAUCCAGGACGGGACCAAGGCGUGCUUCCCCACUGCCAGAGCAGCUUGUUCUGUGUCAGGGAGGGGACACUACAGCUCAUUUGAUAACAGGAGGUUUAGUGUUCCUGGGAACUGCGUGUACAAAAUGGCAGAGGUCGUCAAGGACCAAGAUGGUAAGAGGGUUCCCUUCAGUGUGGUAGUCCAUCAGGACUCAGCACCCAAUCAUCCGACGGUUACCCGCAGUGUCCAAAUACAAGUCAAUGACUACAACAUCCUCAUGCUUCCUGGAAAAAUCUGGGAAGUCACGGUAAUUGCGCAUACCGUAGCUGUCUAG